CACAUUGCAACAUUCAUAAUUAGUCCAUAUACUCCACUCUUCAGUCAGUGGGUUAUUAUUAUAGUUAACACAGUCCAGUUAUUACAUUGGUUGAUUGGCAUUGUAUGUAGAAUUGGCAAUCCUUGGCUAUUCUUUCUUCUCGUACUGGCCAUCAUCCAUCAUACAUAUCCUCUUUACCAGCAUCAUUAUCAUCGGGUUUAAUAUAACAUUAAAUUAAUGUAUCCCAGCUAAAUAAACUCACACACACACCUUCCUCAUUCUCAUUUAUAUUGUAUCUCAAGUGUAGCAGCUAAACUAGUGGUGAAGAGAAAGUAGACCUUUUUGAUAAAGAAAAAUGGCUGUGAGUUGUCGAAUUUGCAAAUAUUUUGGAACCCGAUUGGUCCACACCCCAAUGCUGAGCUCUUUUAGAAGGGGCGUCAGUGUGUCCGCACCCCGAUUCGAUGUCCCUGGAGGGGAAGGAUUUCUGAGCAAACUGUUUGUGAGGAAGAUCGAGCCGACGAAAGAGUCUCAUUCCACGAUGCUGUCGGACAAGGAGGUGAUCUAUGAGCUGCAAACCCACGACGUGAAGCCCGCAUAUCUCGAACAAUAUUUGGACAACUAUGGCAAACAUGUGGAAGUGGUCAAUCAACUCAAAGUUGGAGAACUAAUGGCGAGCUGGACGGUCGGAAUUGGCGACCAGGACCAAGUCAUUCAUAUGUGGAAGUACACGGGAGGAUAUACCGGCGUGGAUACGGCAAAGUUGACAAUGAAGGAGAAUCCGGAUCACAAGAGACUCUUAGAUGAACGUUUGCACUAUGUCCGAAGACGUCAUAACCAGUUCCUUCUCACGUUCAGCUACUGGCCACAGAUCGCUAAAAGGGAUGGUAACAACAUUUACGAAAUCCGAAGCUAUAUUCUCAAGCCGGGAACGAUGAUCGAAUGGGGGAAUAAUUGGGCGAGAGCUAUCAAUUUCCGACAGCAUAAUGAGGAGGCUUUCACCGGAUUGUUCUCCCAGAUUGGACGGUUGUACAAUGUGCAUCAUAUUUGGUGUUACAAGGAUUUGCAAACUAGGAAAAUCACUCGAGAAGCGGCUUGGAGAAAGCCCGGUUGGGAUGAGUGUGUAGCUUAUACAGUUCCACUUAUUCGCGAAAUGGAUUCACGAAUCCUUAUUCCCAACAAGUUUUCUCCAACGCAAUGAUCAAGAAAAUGAUGACUGUUGUUGUUGGGGCAGUGGCCUUAAAUAAUCGAAACGACUCAAUAUUUUUUGCUUUCGAACUUAUUUUGUCUUAAAUAUUCUAAAGUGCAGUGGUUUGUACGUAGAUUUAAAAACAUGAUACAUAAUAUUAUUCAUUCAUGAUAUGACCAAUGUACCAGAAUAAAAGUCUUAGUCCCAAAAUGAA